AUGGAGCACUCGUUCAACGUUUUGGAUUCCAAGAGACAAGAAGAGACCCAUCGGAAGACCACCAGCCAGAUGGGCAGACCACUUCCGGAAGAACAUCAGCCGUCCUAUUCAACAUUGGAUAACCGCGGGGAGAGACAGGGAAGAAUGGAGGACGUGUGGUCCGCGCUGACAGCGAAGACGGACCAUCAAAGCAUCAAAGUAAGUAAGUAA